AUGUGCGUGUCCACGCUGGAAAGUCUGCAGUUGCGCGUCGCAGUGUUUGCGGUUUCUGGCGGCGACAGCGGUAUAUCGAUUGGUUCCCGUUCCCGUUCUGCGCCUGUUUUUGUUUGUACAAACCGCCGCGACUAUCAACUGUCCGGCAAGCAAAUUAUUUCCUUUUCGUGUCCGUAAAAUAGACAGCCGAAAAACAAUGACACUUGCAGAAAUGAUCUCGGAGAACGGAUAUAUGGAGCUGAUGCGGAACUGCAUCAAAUGGAACAGCCGCCAGAUGGAAGACCGGAAAAAACGGUUAGUUUGAUUGCAGUGGCAUGAAUCAUUUGAAAAACGAUACAAUCACCAACAAUUUGCAGACUGCGUUUCCCGUACUACGAGCAUCAGACGGCUACUGCACAGCGAGAGUCCCGUUUCACGACCCGGACAGCUGACCACGUUUACGCUUCAGGCGAUCCGAACACAGUGAUGCAGCUCGCAACGGAGCGGUGGAAGAAGAGCAAGUCGCAACCACCAUCUGAUGCCAUCGAAGUGAGCAUGUUCCUGCGGGACAAUCCAAACAUUCAGAUUGCCAUCGAUCAUAUGACUCCACAACUUGGUACUACCAUUGGUAAUCGAAAUGGAAAAUAACAGACUUACUAAUAGGUGCAGGCCGGUUUGCAGAGAGUAGUUCUGAUAAUUCGAACGACUCCUCGAUUCCAAAGGAGAGACCAACUCGUCAAAUUCAAAUCAAAGAGGAAUACCGUGAAGAUUAUGUACUCGAAGAUGAGCUCUCCCCAGAUGAGAACGGCUCCGAUGAAGAUGAUUGGUCAACUCGUAAGCGCCGGAAAGGAAAUGCUGGCAACACGGCGAAGACUUCUUCUUCUCGAAAAAAGGUACUCGAACAAUUCCCACCCUCAGACUGGGAUUGUUAUUUAGGUACCUACUACUCGUUCAUCGGCUUCUCGGUCGACCCCGUCCCGUACAGCUAACAGCUACAAGCAAGAGCCGGUGUAUGAAGAGCCGGAGGAGAAGAUGCACCAGUGUGACAGUGAGUGGAUGAUCGGAGUCGCGGAGCCCUCUCGCCCAGUCCAGCCGUCGGAGAAGCUCUCCUUGUCCUUUCUAGUGUCUCCCCGAAUUCAUUCCCCCCCACAGCAUGUCAGCUACCGGGAACCACCUUUCAUACAUGUCUUCACAUUCUCACUCACAUUUCCUCUUGACCGAGAUAGACAUUGCUCUCGCAAGAAGCACAUGCACUUCCAGUUAUCACUGGGAUAAAACUGUUUCGUUCCGCAAAUUCUUUCUUCUUCUGAAGAUAUUUCAGACUAAAGAAAUCCUUUUCGCAUGACAAAAUCACUAUCGCUUCUAAAUUCAUAGAUUUUCCCCAAUUUUUCGCAACUUUAGUGAAAAUUUCAAAAAUUUCGAGCUAGUGCCAAAAUUUACCCUAGUCCUGUAGAAUCUGGGUACUCGAGGGAGCAAAUGCAGAAUUUUAGUUAUUGACAAGUGAUUGUGGUUGGUAUUCGUCAGUACUUCUCUUCCCUUUCCGUAGCCACCCCACCAGCCAACCCCUCUUAUUUCCGCCACUUCUCCCCUGUCUUCUUCCUGAUUGUCCCGUGUUCUCUCGCUCUCUUCCAAUGCACAAUUGAUCCCAGAUACCCUCCCCCGAUCCCUUAGAAAUCCCUGUAGUCCUCAUUCUCAAAAUUGGGCGAGAGGAAUCUAAACUCGGCGACAUCCACUCACCUGAUCACUGCUUCUCUGCGCUUUACGCGGGGUCGGUCGAGAAGGAUUUCUUAGAAAGAUAAGCGUUAGAUCAGCAUGUUUUGAGUGUUCCUGGUAGCUGAUAUUACGUGGCAAAAAUUGGAAUGCUACGUCUUAUUUUGUUCUAACACUUUCAGCUAACCUCCUAUUCGUUUUCAGAAUGCAGCGCGAAGUACAAGAGCCUCGCGGGUCUGAGCUAUCAUCAGUCUUACUUACAUGACCAAAAACCUAGUUCCCCUCUUCAUAAAUGUGAGUUUCUAAUGCAAGUUGUUCAAUACAUGUUUCGUGUGUCUUUCAGUAUUAUCGCCCAAUAUCGAAUUGUCCAAUAGCUGUGAUUUCUGCAACGGUAGCGCCUUCAUGAACAAGAAUACAAAAAUGCCCGAAGAUCUGGUGAGCUGUCACGAUUGUGGUCGUUCUGCUCAUCCGUCCUGUCUGAAUUUCAACAAAAAUGUAACCAAAAUCAUCAAUCGAAGCGGGUGGCAAUGUCUCGAGUGCAAGAGUUGUACCAUAUGCGGCACCAGUGAAAACGACGUGAGUUUAUUGUCGCCUACGUUCAAUUUUCGAACAAAGUGUUUCAGGACAAGUUGCUGUUCUGCGACGACUGCGACCGAGGAUAUCAUUUGUACUGCCUACGGCCGGCUCUCGAAAAAGCUCCAGACGACGAGUACUCGUGCCGUCUGUGCCAGACCGAGUUCGGAGCAAAUGCGAGUGCUCCAGCUGAGAAGUGA